CAAUAAGCACAAUUUACCGAGUCCCGAUACCUUUGAAGAGAUACAGUUUUUCAAUGGAAAGAAUUAUUACAAAGGUCUUGAUUGGUACAUGAGCUUUUUUCCGGCGUCAAAAAAUGAGAGUUCUCGAUAUCUGUUUGAGAAAUCUGCUACUUAUUUCGAUGGAGAAUUAGUGCCCCGAAGGACCCACGCGCUUCUUCCGAAAGCUAAACUAAUCACUAUAUUGUUGUCUCCAGCUAGACGUGCUUAUUCAUGGUACCAGCAUACCAGAGUGCACGGAGAUCCGGUAGCGAACAAUUACUCCUUCCAUGAAGUUAUUACGGCGAGCGAUUCCGCGCCGAAACCCUUGCGGGACCUUAGAAAUAGGUGUCUAAAUCCCGGAAAAUACGCCCAGCAUUUAGAGAGAUGGUUAUCGUUUUAUUUACCGCAGCAAUUACACAUCAUUGAUGGCGAACAAUUACGACAAAAUCCCGUGGAAACUCUGCACGAACUGCAACGAUUUUUGAAGAUAACACCAGCGUUUAAUUAUUCCUCCCAUCUAAGAUACGACCCGAAAAAGGGUUUCUUUUGCCAAGUAACCAAUGAAGAUCGCACUAAAUGUCUGGGCAAAAGUAAAGGUCGCCAGUAUCCACCAAUGGAAGAUAGAUCGUACAAAUUAUUACAGAGGUAUUAUUUAUCUCACAACACGGCUUUGGUGAAAUUAUUAAAGCGACUUGGCUCCAGAACGAUCCCGCAGUGGCUGAAGGAAGAUCUCACCGACACUGUGAUGACCUAGCAAACGCCAAUUACGUGAAACUCCAGAGUUUCCCAGCUACUUGCUUCCGCUGUCAGCGAAAUACAUCGUUUGCUAAUGGAAGACCUGUAAAUUAAUGUACAUUGGAAACUCCACUGGAUUUUACAUUUAAUAGAAGAAAGACCAUGACUGGCCUAUCUCAGUGGAUUGGCCUAAUCUAAUUGGAGGGAGUUUGUAAAAGCUAGUCACUAAGAGGCUUUAUGAAGCCACAAUUGUAAUUGUCGAUCAUUGUUAAGCUAAAAUAACAUUAUUAAUAGAUUAUUAUUUUUUUAAUUUUAUUACUAUUAUAUUAUUACACAAUACAACAAACAAAAUAAUUAUUUCCAUUAGUUUAUUAUGAGGCGACUGCCUCUGUAGCAUAUCAUAGUAUCAAUUAUUUGUAUCUAUUAAAUCUUAAUUUUUUUUAAAUGUAAAGAUUGGCCACUUUGAGCCAAUCUUUACAUUUGAAAAAAAUUUAGAUUUAAUAGAUACAAAUGAUUGAUACUAUAAUGUGUGCUAUAGAGGCAGUCACCUCAUAAUAAACUAAUGGAACUUAAUAAUUAUCAAAAAGUUUGAUUUUGUUGUAAUGUGUUAUUAUUAUUGUCAUCAUUACCGCAUCGUAUAAAUGAGAUAUUAUAAGAAUGUAUAGUUCACUGGUGCCGUUGCUCAUUUCAGCAAUUGUGAUUAGGCGCCCCUUUCGUCCUAUUUACCAAUGCAUAAGUUGGGCCAAGAAAAAGCCGACUAAUGCAAUCAUUUUGCAUUCGGCUUGAAAUUCAUUUAAAAAAAGAAAGGUAUAUCUUACAAAAAAUGUUACGGACCUGUUUUUAGCAAAUUUGUGAUACAAAGACAAAGAAAAAUUUAUAUAACAGAAGACAAAAUAUAUAUCCAUGAACUAGA